AAUCAACAAACUCGAAAUAUUAAUCAGUUUCUAAUUAUUGCUUUACAUCUGUAUUAUUUUAUUUGUUGAAUGGACAUUGAUCAUUCAUAAAAUAAAUUGAACAUUAAUAUAAUUAAUUCAAUCAUAUAAUUGUUUAAUUAUAUGGUUGAAAACGGUUGUCAUGAACAUCAAAUGGUACGUAAGAACCAAGCAGGAAAGUCGCCUAAUAAAAAUUCACGCAAGAAUGAUGUCGCGGAUUCGUUUAAAGUGAUAAGAGCCGAUUCUGACGCUCAACCAUCCGUGCACAAAAGAAAUUUAUAUAUAGUUUCCUUUCCCGUAAUAUUUUUGUUUAAUAUUCUUAGAUUAGUAUUAUAUGAACUGUAUGUGAUUCUUAAGUUUAUAUAUACAAAUUCAACGCAGUUUGUUUAUAAGUCAAAAAAUAAAUGUGACUCUCAUGAAUUUGAAGUGAUUGUUAAUGACAAUACUGUUAUUGAACAAAAACACUUGGACGAAAUGGCUACAAGUCACAAGAACACAUUGACUGCUCCGGGGCCAGGGGAUCCACUACUUGCAAAGCAGAAGCAUCAUCAUCGUAGAGCUUUUGAAUAUAUUUCUAAAGCAUUGAAAAUUGAUGAAGAAAAUGAAGGCCAGAAAGAGUUAGCUAUUGAGUUGUAUCGCAAAGGUAUUGCUGAACUGGAACGUGGCAUUGCUGUUGAAUGUUGGGGAGGCCAAGGUGAAAUAUGGGAAAGAGCUCAAAGGUUGCACGAGAAAAUGAAAACUAACUUGAGCAUGGCACAAGAUCGAUUACAAAUUUUAGCUACGGGUCGUAAGCUCUGCAUCGGAUCACGAAAGCCAGCAAAUGGAUCAUGCCAAUCUCUGGGUAAAUCACAGACAUUGCCUAGAAAUAUGGGCGCUUCUAGCAGAUUACAAAAUUCCCGUAGCCACGCUAGUAAACCCAAUGCUACGCCUCCUGCAAUGAAGAAGCAAUUGUCGGUAUCUAGUAAUGGAUCACCAAGUCGUCGUAAUAGUCAAAUGUCAUCUUCUCGUGCAAAUAAUUCUCAACCUCGUAUUACAGUUAGAGGAGUGGAGCCCAAACUUGUACAGGUCAUUUUGGAUGAGAUUGUUGAAGGUGGAGCACGUGUUGAAUGGGCUGACAUUGCUGGACAAGAGGUUGCAAAACAAGCUUUGCAAGAAAUGGUUAUCUUACCGUCUCUACGGCCUGAAUUAUUUACUGGUCUACGAUCACCAGCCACCGGUUUAUUGUUAUUUGGACCUCCUGGAAAUGGUAAAACAUUACUUGCCAGAGCCGUCGCUACUGAAUGUUCUGCGACAUUUUUGAGCGUGAGUGCAGCGACAUUGACAAGCAAAUACGUUGGAGAUGGCGAAAAGCUUGUACGUGCUUUAUUUGCGGUUGCGCGAGAAUUAGAGCCAUCGAUUAUAUUUAUUGAUGAAGUGGAUUCCUUGCUGAGUGAACGAAGUAUAGGUGAACAUGAAGCAUCCCGCAGACUAAAGACUGAAUUUUUAGUCGAGUUUGACGGCUUACUUUCAGGCAGAUCAUUGGACUCAAGCGGAAGUAGAGUUAUUGUCAUGGCCGCUACAAACAGACCUCAAGAAUUGGACGAAGCUGCUUUACGGAGAUUUACUAAGCGGGUUUAUGUAUGUUUGCCAAACGCUCUCACUCGUUAUGCUUUGCUAGAGCGAUUACUAGCGAAACAGGGUUCUCCAUUAGAUACUGACCAAUUACGCAGGUUAGCUGAAAUGACCGAUGGCUACUCUGGUAGUGAUCUAACUGCUUUAGCAAAGGAUGCAGCUUUGGGUCCUAUUAGAGAAUUGAAUCUUGAUGAGGUUAGGCGUUUGCAUCCUGGUGCUGUUCGAAACAUCACGAUAAACGACUUUCUGGAAUCAGUGAAACGUAUCCGCAAAUCCGUUGCAUCGAAUAGCAUUUAUAGAUAUGAGAAGUGGUCCCAAGAAUAUGGAGACGUUAGUUUGUGAUCACUAAAAAUCUAAUUUAUACCAUUUUAUUCUUUUUUAAAAAUUAAUAUGUUAAUGAAUUAAGUUAUUUUUUUGUGAUUAUUUGCGGUGUUCAUUUUUUUGUGAUUACUUGAGUGUGAUUAAUUGCGGAGAGAGUAUCUCCAGGAGAACUUAAAUACUAUUGUGAAAAGAGCUAUACAACCUGCCGAUUCUCGACAUUGGGUUUUCAA